UGAUACGUCCUGCUCCGGUUCCCUGACAGCUGCUGUGCGUAACGGAAGACAUUUUGAGCUUGGUGCGGUCGGUCCGGUUCGUUAGUGGAGCCCGAGUUCGGGACUUACGCGCUUGAGAUUCAGUGUAAAAGAAAACGGGUUUAACGGGAAACCGGUACAGUUGAACCGGCGGAUGUGUAAUCAGCCACAAAAGAUAGUAAAGUCCUAGAUGCUAGUUAGUUAGCGUCACCUAGCUGGCCUCCUCCUCUUUCUCCUCCUCCUUCUCGACAGCCUUUCCCUUCUGUCAGACACAAUGGCUUUAAAACGAAUUUCUAAGGAGCUGACCGACCUGUCCAGAGAUCCUCCGGCCCAGUGCUCUGCCGGGCCCGUCGGUGAAGACAUGUUUCACUGGCAGGCUACCAUUAUGGGUCCACCCGACAGUCCAUACCAGGGCGGUGUGUUUUUCCUCACUAUUCACUUUCCAACAGAUUAUCCCUUCAAACCACCCAAGGUCGCCUUCACAACCAGAAUUUAUCACCCAAAUAUUAACAGUAACGGCAGCAUCUGCCUGGAUAUUUUGAGAUCUCAGUGGUCUCCGGCAUUAACGAUCUCUAAAGUCCUUUUGUCCAUUUGUUCUCUGUUAUGUGAUCCAAACCCAGACGACCCGUUAGUACCAGAGAUUGCACGCAUCUACAAAACAGACCCGGUCAGGUACAACAAGACAGCUCAGGACUGGACUCAGAAGUAUGCCAUGUGAUCCACCUCCCAGGAGUUACCCGUUUGAGUUUAGCCCCACCCAUUUGACACACCUUUUGUUUGUCUCAUUUUAAAUGCUUUCAAACCGCACUGGUCUGCUGGAAGUGGAACCGAUAAAAGUGCUGCGGACUCACCUGGCAGGUGACUCGGCCGUUCCGGUAGGCGGGACUUGCUCAGCGGUGCAUGUCUGAUUGGCUCAUGUGAACUUCUUCUGUCCACCUUUUAAGAAAGAAACAUUUCUUCAGUUUGUUCCCGUUUGAGAUUUUAGACGAGAGCCAUUAGUUGGUCCAUCAUCUGACCUGGUUCUCCUGGUUCUCCACUUAGAACAAAAAUAACUCUUCGCAGCUGAUCGGCCCACUACAAUUCUGUCACUGGUUCUGUCACCGGUUCUCAAUAAAGUUGAACAAAUUGCA